AUGGUCCGAUUGAAAGGAAGUUUUUCUUGUGUAGCUGUGUACGGUUCUCUUGUUAUAUUCACAUACUUAUUCGUAGCUAAACCAUCCAGUCGCCCGCCGACUGAUUUACUAGAUGACUUGGAAAUCAAUUGCACGAAUAUUCUGCAAGGGCUCAAGAAUGAAAAACAGUUAGAAUUGAUUAAUACGAAAAUGAUUGAAGACAAAUUGUGGAACUCGACAGAUAGAUGUCAUACUGUAAAGUCGAUGUUUCGAUUCAAUGAAGUACCAUUAUCGGAGGAAGAGGCACGUUUCCCGCUGUCUUAUGGACUUCUUGUGUACAAGGAACUGUCACAGGUUCUAUUCAUGCUCUCAUCAAUAUAUCAACCUCAAAACGAAUACUGCAUUGCUGUAGGCGAAAAUUCUGCCUCAACAUUCCUAAUCUUGCUCGAGGAGCUCUCAGACUGUUUUCCUAAUGUGCAUUUUAUGAAACGUCCACCAAUAACAUGGGGAAGCUACGAAAUUAUUAAUUCAGUUUACGACUGUCUUAAAUUUCUGAGUCACUUGAAAUCCAACUGGAAAUAUUUUCAAUAUUUAUCAGGUGUUGACAUUCCAUUGAAGACAAAUCUGGAGAUGGUUCGAAUUCUGAAAAGUUUAAACGGGACAGCUAAUGUUGAAAUCAAAGUCUACGAGAAUCGACGCCUUCUAGGUCAAAAUGAAACAGAGUCUCCUCUCCCGCUUUUCAAAUCGUCGCUGUCUUCCCUGAUACCAAGAAAGGCUGCCAAUUACUUAGCUUCAUCCAGCAUUCCUCAACAGCUACUGGAAUUUCUUCGGAACACUUGGGUUGCUGAUGAAGGAUUCUGGGGGACUCUAUUUGGAAACAAAGGCUUGUUUGAUGUUCCGGGAUCAUUGAAUUUUGAAGAGUGGAUAUAUUUUAAAGAAAAUGCGAGAGCAAACCUAACAAAACCCACAGAUGGGUGGUUUUAUUACAUAUCCAGGCAUCAAAUUUGGUUUGAAUCCGGGUGCCACAAUCACAUGAAAGAUGGAUCAUGUGUUUUUGGAAUUGGAGAUGUUUCAAACUUAUUGCAGGCAAAAGCUUUAGUAGCUCAUAAGCUUUACCUAACAUCAGAGCCAGAAGCUUAUUUUUGCUUAUUAAAGGAGCAUCGUCGUCGAACAUUGAACCCUGACUCAACAUUUGAUGCUUCCAAAUACUCAGAAUUGCCCCAAGUCGAAAUAUCACAAGACCGUCCCGUGUCCGAACUGACUCAUUUAAAUUGGAUUUUAUGA